UGGAAUCUUUGGCUACAUCAACUACCUGGUGGAGAAAGACCGCAAAUUCAUCAUCACAACCCUGCUCAAUGGUCUUUCCCGAUUGGAGUACCGUGGCUAUGAUUCCGCCGGUAUGGCCGUGGACGGCAACAAGAAGAAUGAAGUCUUUGCCUUCAAGGAAGUCGGCAAGGUCGCCAAGUUGAAGGAACUCAUCGAGCAGAGUGAGGCCGACAUGAGCAAGACCUUCGAGUCACACGCCGGUAUCUCCCACACUCGCUGGGCCACUCACGGAACCCCCUCCCGCCAAAACUGCCACCCCCACCGCUCCGACCCCGCCUGGGAGUUCUCCGUCGUCCACAACGGUAUCAUCACCAACUACAAGGAAUUGAAGGCAUUGCUUGAGUCCAAGGGCUUCCGAUUUGAGACCGAGACCGACACAGAGUGCAUUGCCAAGUUGGCCAAGUACCUCUAUGACCAGCACCCCGAUAUCGAAUUCACAGUCCUGGCCAAGGCCGUCAUCAAGGAGCUCGAGGGUGCCUUCGGAUUGUUGAUGAAGUCCGUUCACUACCCCCAUGAGGUCAUUGCGGCCCGCAAGGGUUCCCCCUUGGUCAUUGGUGUCAAGACCUCCAAGAAGAUGAAGGUGGAUUUCGUCGAUGUCGAAUAUUCCGAGGAUGGUGUCCUUUCUGCGGAGCAGGCCUCCCAGAACGUGGCCGCCAAGAAGUCCGCCACCAGCUUGCUCGCCCCCCCAGACAAGUCCCUCCUGCACCGCUCCCAGUCUCGGGCUUUCCUGUCCGACGAUGGUAUCCCCCAGCCGGCCGAGUUCUUCCUGUCCUCGGACCCCUCCGCCAUCGUGGAGCACACCAAGAAGGUCCUCUACCUGGAGGAUGAUGACAUUGCCCACAUCCACGAGGGUCAGCUGAACAUCCACCGCCUGACCAAGGAUGACGGCACCUCCAACGUCCGUGCCAUUCAGACCAUUGAGCUUGAGCUCCAAGAGAUCAUGAAGGGCAAGUUCGACCACUUCAUGCAGAAGGAGAUCUUCGAGCAGCCCGAGUCCAUCGUCAACACCAUGCGUGGUCGUUUGGACGUUGCCAACAAGAAGGUCACUCUGGGUGGUCUUCGUCAAUACAUCUCGACCAUUCGUCGUUGCCGCCGCAUCAUUUUCAUUGCGUGUGGUACCAGUUACCACUCCUGCAUGGCAGUGCGUGGUAUCUUCGAGGAGUUGACCGAGAUCCCCAUUGCCGUCGAGCUGGCCUCCGACUUCCUGGACCGACAAGCCCCUGUCUUCCGUGAUGACACCUGUGUCUUUGUUUCUCAGUCUGGAGAGACCGCCGACUCCCUCAUGGCCCUCCGCUACUGCCUGGAGCGUGGUGCCCUGACUGUCGGUGUGGUCAACGUGGUUGGAUCGUCCAUCUCUCUCCUCACCCACUGUGGUGUGCACAUCAACGCCGGUCCCGAGAUCGGUGUGGCCUCCACCAAGGCCUACACUUCUCAGUUCGUGGCCAUGGUCAUGUUUGCUUUGUCCCUCAGUGAAGACCGUGCCUCCAAGCAGAAGAGACGCGAGGAGAUCAUGGAGGGUCUUGGCCAGAUUUCCGAGCAGUUCAAGCAGAUCUUGAAGCUCAACGACCCCAUCAAGGAGUUGUGUGUCAAGUCCUUCAAGAACCAGAAGAGCUUGCUCUUGCUGGGCCGUGGUGCUCAAUUCCCCACUGCCCUCGAGGGUGCCCUGAAGAUCAAGGAAAUCUCCUACCUCCACUGUGAGGCCGUCAUGUCCGGUGAAUUGAAGCACGGUGUCCUGGCCCUCGUGGACGAGAACCUUCCCAUCAUCAUGAUCCUGACCCGUGACGACCUGUUCACCAAGUCCCUGAACGCUUACCAGCAAGUCAUUGCUCGCGGUGGCCGCCCCAUCGUCAUCUGCAACAACGAUGACCCCGACUUCUCCGCUGCCGAAACCGAGAAGAUCGGUGUCCCCAAGACCGUGGACUGUCUUCAGGGUCUACUCAAUGUCAUUCCCCUGCAGCUGAUCUCCUACUGGCUUGCCGUGGGUGAGGGCCUGAAUGUCGACUUCCCUCGUAACUUGGCCAAGUCGGUCACCGUCGAGUAA